CCUACCCAACAUCAACAAAGUCCGAUGGGGAAAUGCAAUACAGCGAUAUCAAGAAAUGUGGACACCUUAGCUUCGCCGGGCCAGGAGGGCAGAAACAAUCGGAUCCGAUGUCUUCCAUACGUCAGCCCGCGCAACUCGCAGAAUGCAAGAAAACUCCUGAUCCCUCUCCUUCUGCCUGCUCUUCCUGCAUUCCUCUCUCACAGUGUUAUGGGGGGCCCUGAUGCGCUGACUUUUGCUGGAAGAUGAAUGACCACUAUCGCGAAGAGCCAGUUGUUGGCGAAAAGGCAGCUGUCGACCAAGAUCUUGAAUCCGGAAAGCCAUCAUGUUCAGACCUACCGGAAGCUCUACCAUACGCGCAGGAUUGCGAAAAACAUCUGGCCGAUCCUGACCGUGGAGCAAAAGAUUCAAACCUGGGUUGUUUAUCGAUAUCGCGAAAGAAAUUCUUCCUUGGUCUUGCAAUCGCCAUCGUUCUCAUCAUUGUGACAGUCGUAGGUGCUGUAGUAGGUGUAUUACAGAGUCGGAGUUCUUCGACACCACAGAAGGUCGAGGCAACAGUUACCCCAAAUACAACAAAUACAACAACCCCAUCAGGCCCAUCGGUGCAGGAUUCCAUAAACGCCACGAGCUCAAGAAUAGGAGACAACUCAGGAUUAGCCAUUACAGGAUGGAGGGAAGCUUCAGGGUUCAAAGCACGGCUUUUCUAUCAAGACGGCGAUGGUUAUCUCCGCAUCGUAGCGAUGGACUCUGCAACAAAUCAAUGGUCAGAGGGAAGUCCUUUUGCAAAGGCGAAACUUGGAACCCCACUCGCAGCAUCGACUCAUAAUCGUUCAAUAUACGAUCCUACACGAACAGACUACCAGGUACAUGUCUACUACCUAGACGACGAUUCAAAGAUCAGAGAACAUGUCUUCGAUCAGAAUGAUAAUACCGGAGCGGAUGGCCCUUUGAGCAAACUGAACAUGAAAGCCAAUGCUAAAAGCAGAUUGGGUGCGUACUGGCCAUCAGUUGCCUUCCAGGACGAAUCCAACAUCAUAUCCGAGGCGCGCUUCAAUUGUACCGGUGUCGACUCAACCACAGACUGUUGGGCUGGCCAUAGCCUCAAUAUUCUCGCCCAAGAACAGUCACCAAUCGCCCAAGUACCACGGGGCAGACGCUCAGGCCUUCUUUUGUACUUUCAAAGAGAAAAUGACAAAGACCUCAUAAACUACUCCUGGGAGAACACCACUGGCACCUGGGUAAUCGACGAGUACGAACAGGCCGUCCCUCCAUCAGUCCAAAUCGCCGCCCUGGCCACGGCCCGGAACAAAGAUUCGGACGCCAACAACCAAUGGGUCCUCUACCAAGACACCUUCGGCAAGAUUCAAUACAACUACCGCACGGGACCACAAGGCGGACACAAAGGCUGGAAAGCGCCACAAACAUCCGCUGUCUUCGAUCAAGCAAAGAAUAACACGCCUUUGGCCUGUUUGCAUCAGGCAAGCUCGGACGAUCUCCCGAUGGAGUAUGGGGAGGAUAUGCAGAGGUGCUAUUUUGUAGACAAAGAGGGGAACGUGAUUCAGGUUUACUGGAAAAAUGAAGGGUGGAAUUCUAUGGGAAUCGUGCCGAGCCCCAGCCAAGACGAGCAGGUCUCUUGAUAGAUGUACAUUUUUGGGCUGUAUUAGAUAUGUAAUGACUUCGGU